AUGGCGUACCCAGCGGAACCCGCUGUGGUGCCAAUGUCGCAAACGUCGCAACCGGUGAUGAUGGAUGCGGGCAUGCCUGCGACCUAUGUGACCAGUUCUCCAUACAUGCCAUAUGACCCCUAUGGAGGAGCCUACAGUAUGUCACCCUACAUGCCUGCCAUGCCUGCUGCCAUGCCCAUGAGCGGCCUGGACCACUCCCAGGGCAAGUGGUUUGCACCGGGCGAGGCUCUCCCACCUGGUUUUGUCGUUUGUGCCCACCCGGAGGGCCAUAUGGCACCCCAGGAAGGGCAUGCCAUGACGGACAUGGCCCGUGAGAGCUUUGUGAUCCCUGCCAGCACUGCUGCUGCAGCGGUGGCAGUGGUAGCCACUAGCAGCGUGGUGCCUUGUAGCGAACCUUCCGAGUGCGGUGCCACAUCAGCUGCCCUGGUACAACGCGAUCACAAGCGCUGGCGGCCAGAUCUGGGGAUCCAACCUCAAAGCUGUGCACGGCGGCUGAAGGAAACAUGCGGGGCCAAUAGCAUGUGUGCCUGGCAUGAGAACUUGUCUCGAUGUCAAGCCAGAAUUGCUUGGUUUCACAUCAUGAAAUGCGGAUCGAGCUUUGGAGCCACCUUGGCACAUUUUGCCAAUUCAUCUUUGCCGGAGCUGGCUCACAUGCCCAGCUGUUCCGGAAAUGUGUCUGACGCACAUGAAGACAGCUGUGAAAAUGGUACGCAGGGCGCUCGUGAUUUCUUCAUAUACAAGUAUCCGAUGCACGAAUGGUUUCCUGAUGUUUUCUGGACCACCAAUAGAUCUUCGGAGCCGGGCGCUCAUCGACCCAUCCAAGAUAGCGAUUUCCAGGAGUGGAAAGGGCACUUUGUGGGUUUGUUUCGCUCGCCGCAAGCACGUGUGGCCUCUGCAUACAACCACUUUGUCAUUUCUUCACUUGACAAUCCGUUAUCGGAGUACAACCACUCCAGGCAGAUGCAUUACCUCAAGAAAUUUGCAGCUGUAGCACGAGGAACUGUGACCAAAAUGCUGAGCGGAAUGUAUGAUGUGAAUCCGAUCCGGUGCGAGAUGCAUUUUGACAAUUGGAUUAUGAAAGAUUCCCAGUGCCUUCACGGUGAAUGUCGCAGAUGCUUGAAGAAAGAUCCCUCGGCGGCAGCAUUGAAACUUGCCCUCGCGAGACUUCAGAAAUUCAGCUUUGUUGGACUGACAGACCAUUUUGAUCUCUCAGUUUGCCUCUUCCACGCGAUGUUUGGGGGUGAAUGCUGGCCCGUGGAGUUUGCCAACAUGCGCAAGAGCCUGUUCUACGACAACUAUUCCGAUUUCUUAGCAGACCAUGCCAUUGAAGAUCCUUAUGACAAACAGAUUUUCACACAAGCGUCCAAAAUGUUUUGGUCCAAUGUGGCGCAGUACAAUGUGACCACCGAGAACUGCUUGCGGAUGUGUCCGGGGAGCAAUGCCAGCUUCACCAUGAGCUGA